UUUUAAUCAUUGCACUAAAUAGGCGAAAUGCUACGGACGCGAGAACGAAAGCUUGGGCACUUUUGUGAAACAUUUUAGAAGGUUACAGGACAAAAACAAAGUAGUUGGGCAAAUAUUUUGGUUUGUUGUAGUUUGAGAAUGAAGAAAUUGGUGAUUCUAGGACUGGUGCUAUUGUUAAUGCCCGACGGAUACGAACAUGGGAACAUUCCGGUAGCCAUGAAUGGCAUAUUAAAACGGCAACAGAGUGUUGAGACGUUGGAUAAACCUGUAGAAGAUGCAAUACAGAAUUCAUGGUCCCGCUUCAAACGUGCUCCAGGAAAGUCUUCUCGCGACAAUGUAGAUAGUUACGAGUCACUUGAAGCGCCUCCAGCACCGCCAGAACCUGGUCAUUCGCACGAGCAUGGACACCAUCUUUUAGAUCAUAUUCGUGAUGAGAUACAUAGAGGUCACGUGACACAAGACAAUAUGAUUCAUUGGUGGACACAAAUAAAGAAUGCGCUCCAAAAUGGAAGCGUCACAAAGGAUGAAGUCAACCGUUUGAUGGCAUCCUUGGAGCAUUCAGACAUUAAUCUUGGGAGCCGUUGCUGCUGGUUUGGAUAAAAAGAAUUCAUUUUAGAACUUUUGGUCUUCAGAAUUUUGGUCAGUUUGCUGUUUGGCAAUGUUUACCAAUUAUUUGUUUUUAAAAUAAAGUAACCUAAUGCAUGAUA